AUGAAGUUUUCACACAGCAUUCAGUUCAAUGCUGUUCCGGAGUGGAGUUCUUAUUACAUCGCAUAUAGCAAUCUCAAGAAAGUGAUAUAUUCUCUGGAGCAACAGGCACAUCAGGCCACUGGAACGACCCAUCCCGACGUUGAAUCCGCACCCUUGCUAGACAGUACUCCCAAUCCCGAUGCGAUCUUUCGGCGAGCUUUGGAUCUGGAACUCGAGAAGAUCUGUAGCUUCUACGCAGACAAAGAGGUAGAAAUACUCAAUGAAGUGGAAGGAGUCGCCCGGGAUGCCGAAGAGUACGUCUCGGAGACCGAUGGUGUGAGCUUGGACCCGAUGAGCGAGAAUAUGACCAAGACGCGGACCAUGAGCUCGGGUUCCAGACCGCGCGGGGAGAGCACGUUCCGGGAUUAUUCGUUGAGCAAUGGACGACGACGCAGUGUGAUUAGUGAGUCGAUGGUCGAAGAAGAAGACGACGACGAUGAUGCAGAUAGCGACGACGACCGUCCGCUGUCGCAUCGUGAAAGACCAGUAUCGCACGGCGCCACCUCAACUAACCUCGGCGAUAGCCGUGCCGACAUGAGGCAUUCAUCCUUUUUGCGAGACGCGAGGGAUCUAGAAUAUGAUGGUCACCCCAACACCCGCCCAGGUGCACAGGUCGAGAACUUCAGAGAUCCCAAGGUUCUUGACCUCUACAACUCAGGACUCUCUUUGAAGAAGCGGAUUGUCGACGCUUAUGUGUCACUCUGCGGGCUCAAAUCAUACAUUCAGCUGAAUAAAACCGGUUUUUCCAAAGCCUUGAAAAAGUACGACAAGAUCCUCGAUCGCAACCUCCGACGAGAGUACAUGAACUCCACGGUCUCCCUGCAAUACCCCUUUACGGAAUCGACCAUGAAGAAGGUGGAGGAUUAUAUUCUCAAAAUUGAAAGUGUCUAUGCGGACGUGGUUACAGCCAAGAAUCUAUCACUCGCCAAACGUGAGCUUCGAUUGCACUUGAGGGAGCAUGUGGUUUGGGAGAGGAAUACGGUGUGGAGGGAAAUGAUCGGCAUUGAAAGAAAGGCCCAGGCGGCGAAUGUCGGUAUUCGCAGGACUCUUCUGGGCGGCGCCGAGGAUCCUGCAGCAGCACGACGACAAGGUGAUGAAUCGGAAUCUCCAGCCAAGGAAAUCAGAACCCCUCUAGGCGUGUUCCGUCCUCCGGAAUGGCUGUUUAGCUUGAGCUUCGGUACCCUCGUUUUCAACCUCUUGGUCUUCGGGGUGCUGCUUCUUGUGCCGAUCAUGGAAAAACCAGAGCAGCAAAACUGCUUGGCCAUGCUUGUUUUUGUCAGUUUGUUGUGGGCUACAGAAGUCAUUCCUCUUUUCGUUACUUCGCUUCUUGUCCCGUUCCUUGUCGUUUUGCUGGGCAUCAUGAAAUCGGAGAAAAAGCCAUACGAGCGAUUAGGACCGAAGGAAGCUACAGGGGUUGUUUUUAGUUCGAUGUGGACGCCGGUCAUCAUGCUCUUGCUCGGUGGCUUCACCAUCGCCGCAGCCUUGUCUAAACAUGACAUCGCUCGGCGCAUGGCGAUGUUUGUCUUGAGUAAAGCUGGUUCCAAUCCCAAGGUUGUACUACUCACAAACAUGUUUGUGAGCAUGUUUCUGAGUAUGUGGAUCAGCAAUGUGGCAUCUCCAGUCUUGUGCUACUCGAUCAUACAGCCCCUGCUCCGCACCCUUCCACCCGACUCGAACUUUGCUAAAGCCCUAAUUUUGGGUAUUGCUCUCGCCGCCAAUGUCGGUGGUGCUGCGUCACCAAUUGCAUCACCUCAGAACAUCAUUGCGCUCCAGAACAUGUAUCCCAGCAUCAGCUGGGGCACCUGGUUCUUUGUGUCACUUCCCGUCUGCAUCAUAUCCAUCCUGCUGAUCUGGCUCCUCCUGCUGGCCACCUUCCAUCCCGGCCGUGACACCACCCUUGUCCCCAUCCGGCCCGUGAAGGACAAAUUCUCCGGAGUUCAAUGGUUCAUCAGCAUUGUCACGCUGUCCACCAUCGCUCUCUGGUGUGGCAGCCAUCAGUUGGAGCAUGUCUUCGGCGACAUGGGUGUCAUCGCGAUUAUCCCCAUGGUACUUUUUUUCGGAACCGGUAUCCUCAACAAAGAAGAUUUUAAUAACUUCCUGUGGACCAUCAUCAUCUUGGCCGCCGGAGGGCUUUGCCUCGGCAAAGCCGUGACCUCCUCCGGCCUCCUGCAUACCUUGGCCAAUGGCAUCCGCGAACGAGUCGAGCACCUGAGUCUAUACAGUGUCCUGAUCGUAUUUUCCAGCUUGAUCCUGGUCGUGGCCACGUUCAUCUCCCACACCGUCGCCGCCCUCAUCAUGCUCCCUCUUGUCCGACAAAUCGGCGUCAGCAUGGAUGACCCGCAUCCCAACCUGCUGGUCAUGGCUAGCGCCCUGAUGUGUUCUGUGGCCAUGGGCUUGCCAACCAGUGGAUUCCCCAACAUGACGGCUAUCAUGACCGAGGUUCCCCAAACGGGCCAGCGAUACCUCCAGGUCCGCCACUUCUUGACCAGAGGCAUCCCUGCCAGUUUGAUGUCGUUCGCUGUCGUCGUGACCGUCGGUUACGGGUUGAUGUACAUCGCCGGUCUAUAA